CAAUAUUUCCCAACUGUCUUACGAAGCACUCGCUGACGUCCUUUCUCUCGAACAAAAACAAAAGGUUUUUCCACGACGAAAUCGUCUCGCAUAUUCCGUGCGCGGAGAAACAGCAGCGUGGAUCGUGAUGUGAGGGCUUGCGGCGACGAGCGCGCGCCUAUGUCCGAUUCACAGGCGAACGGCCCCGAGGCCAACGGCAUGUUAGAACAACGACGUCCGUUUUUCUAUCCCGACAGUAGUAGCGACACAGAAGAGUAUCGCAGGGACACGGAGGAGCGUCGCAAACGUCUAUCGAAGCGCAACGGCCCGUGUAUCCGUGGCAGAAUGCCUCCGAAGAAUCAGAGCCCUAGCGUGCCUACGCCGUCGACGUCCACACAGGAGCCGCCUCGGAAUGGCCAGAAGAACCAGCUGAUGGACGACAGAAUCACCCUGGUGGUGGACAACACUAGAUUCGUAGUCGACCCCGCUCAGUUUACAGCCCAUCCUAACACCAUGCUUGGAAGAAUGUUCAGUUCUGGAAUUGAAUUCACUCAUCCGAAUGAGAGAGGGGAAUAUGAAGUGGCAGAAGGCAUAUCAGCGACAGUGUUCAGAGCUAUCCUGGAGUACUACCGCGGUGGGACCAUCAGGUGCCCUCCCACAGUCUCUGUGCAGGAGUUGCGGGAAGCCUGUGACUAUUUGCUGGUGCCCUUUGAUGCUAACACAGUUAGAUGCCAGAAUCUCCGCGGUCUACUCCAUGAGCUAUCAAACGAGGGCGCGCGGCGUCAGUUCGAGUCGUUCCUAGAGCGGCUGAUCCUGCCGCUGAUGGUGGAGUCAGCGCAGCGCGGCGACCGCGAGUGCCACGUGGUGGUGCUGCUGGAUGACGACGCCGUAGACUGGGAUGAGCAGUACCCGCCGCAGAUGGGCGACGAGUACAGCCAGACGGUGCUCUCCACGCCAUUGUACCGCUUCUUCAAAUACAUAGAGAAUAGAGAUGUAGCAAAGCAAGUGAUGAAAGAGCGCGGGCUGAAGAAGAUCCGUUUAGGCGUGGAGGGCUACCCCACGUACAAGGAGAAGGUGCGCAAGCGGCCUGGAGGUCGCGCGGAGGUCAUCUACAACUACGUGCAGCGCCCCUUCAUCCACAUGUCCUGGGAGAAGGAGGAGGCGAAGUCCCGCCAUGUUGACUUCCAGUGCUUCAAGUCUAAAUCCGUGACCAACCUGGCGGAGGCGACUGCUGACCCGGUGAUAGAACUGGAGCCUCUAAGGGCCCGAGAAGAGGAUGUACCGGAGCCCCCUGACGCUGCGGGGGAGGAGGACCAGUGACCGCUGGUCCGCUCUUCGCGAGCGCUACUAAGGAUCCUGAUGGCCAUGUUUUGUUGGUACGCAGUCUAAAUUACAAUUUAUAUAGUCUGCUAAUUCGGUUUUGUUGAUCAAAGGUGUUUGAGGUCGAAUACCUCAGUUUUUGUGAUUCAAUAUCUAGGCAAUGGCCCAAUUUGUGGGCUUGUCUGUGCUGGAGAUAAAACCAUAAAAGACUUAUAUGUAAAUGAUUGAAUAAUAUGCCAUUUGCUUUGAAAAGCUUUUUGGCUCUGCAAAUUUGUAAAUUGUACACAGAGAUGAAAUUUCAUCAUAUCAAAGCGUAUGCACCAAUAGUGAAAAUUAUCCGUUUUGUACGGCUUUUGUCGUAAAUUCUAAAUUGUAUGGUACUAUUUUAUAAAGGUAGCUUUUGUAGCUUUGUUACUGCUGCCCUUGGGAUGACUUUUAGCUUAUGUGCUGCAGAUAUACGUACUAAACAUUACACAAAUAUAUUAAAGAAUUUUUUACAUUAUUCAGACAUCUUUGAAAAAAAUCUACUAAAAUCAUGUUAAAU